AUGCUUAGAGAUUUCCUGAGUGCGUUUCAGAUGUCCUUGCUGCCCUGUAGAUUCACUGAUGAGAAAGUGAGUUUGGAUGCUAAAGGUCGCAUAAACACUACACACAUUCCCAGAUCAGCUUUUCUGCAGUUUGGACUCAAAGACGAUCGUCCAGUGAAGCCUGACGCUGUCACCUUUCUCAUCACCCCUUCUAAGUUGGAUUUGCGUCGGGUGCUGGCGGGAGCAGAGGUGGGUCAGUUGUCCUGUGAGCUGAAGCGGUACAGUACAGAUGGGUCCCACGUCCGCUGGCCUGUCAAAGGAGAGCACGAGUACAAUCGCUGGUUCACAGUAACGAUCUCUCACACCAAAAAACUGUUUAAAAUCAUGGCUUUCAUCCGGCAAUCCACUGACCAGCCUCCGACAGGAGAGGACGACUUCAAGAGCUGGGCAGUCAUCAAAGACAAAGAGGUGCUCACCACAUCAGUGGCGAUGAUGAUGCAGACCCAGACCCCAGUGGUGAACUCCACUCUCAAAUUCCAACCUAAACUACACUGUCAGUUUGAGGUUGACCAUAAGUCCCCUAAAGUCAUACUGGAGUGGCGGAAACAUCACAGAAGGAAGGCUCUGUUCAGUUCCCAGCUUCCUUCAGGACAAGGCCAGGGUUCUGGAGUGUCACUGGAGCAGCUGAGAACAGGAGACGCCUCGUACACAACGGCUCCCACUGAAACCAGCAGCGAGGGCACGUACCUCUGCAACGUGGACGUGCAUCCUCUGCUGGGGAGUCUGUCUGUGGAGCUGCAAAUACAAGAGCCUCCUCAUGUUUCCUUGAACGUGGACUCCACUCUAACUUUGUCUGAAGACGAGGUGAAGAGAGUGGUUUGUGAGGCGAAUGGCUUCUACCCCCUGGACGUGGACAUACACUGGGCCCACAGGGGGAGCACAGAGGUGGGCCCGAAGGCUGUGAAGGCGAUUUGGUUCUCCAGUCACUCCACUCACCGCAACGGGACGUACCGCCUCUUCGCCUUCUUCCACCUGCAGGCCAAACUCUGGAAAUCAGGGAGAAAGUUCACCUGCUCUGUGUCGCACCACGCUCUCGCUGCUCCCAUCAGGAAAACCUUCACUAUCAUUGUUACAGAGCCUGGUCAGUGGAUACUGAUCUUCAAUGUCUUCCUGCUGGUGGUUGUCGUGGUCCUGAGUCUACGCUACUGUCUCAGACGUGAGCAGUGCACUCUUCUCUUGUGCUAA